AUGCUGCGGCAGCCGCUCGCCGACGUUGACUUCGCUUGUUGCCAAGACCUGCAGCGUGACGACCAAGCGCUGACCGGCACCGUGCCCUGCGAGCGCCGCCCGGUAGCCGAGGACGAACGGCUGCUCCUUAACAACAUCUCGCAGAUUGUGCGCACGCUGCUGCAGCACUUUCGCUGCGACGACCGCUUCCUGGGGUUGUACGGCGCUUUCGCCUACGAUUUUGUACGCCUGUUCGAGCCGUUGCCCGAUCGCCUGCAACCCGGCCCCACCCAGGAUUUCCGGCUGUUCAUGCCGGACAUGCUGCUGUUUUACGACCAUCUGAAGGAACGGGCAACGCUGAUCAUUUACGAUUUCCUGGACAGCUCCGCGUCCGCCGGCGAUCUGGUACGCGAGCGGCUGUCUUGCCUUCAACCGGCGCCCCCGUCGCCUGCCGCCGAGCGCCACCGCAUACCCCACAAGCUGGAAUCGGACACCGGGCGCGACGCCUUCAUGGCGGCGGUCGAUGAGGCGCGCGAGCAGAUGCGCCAAGGCGAAUUCUUCGAGGUCGUCCUGUCGCACAGCUUCAUGGGUGAAUACACCCGCAGCCCCCUGGAGUUGUACCGGCGGUUCCGCGCCAUCAACCCGUCCCCGUACCAGUUCUACGUCGAUUACGGCGACGAGGCGCUGGUCGGUGCCUCGCCGGAGAUGUUCGUGCGGGUGGAGGACGGCGUGGUGCAGCAGCGGCCCAUCUCCGGCACCAUGCCGCGCGGCACCGACAGCCUCACCGACUAUCACAACAUGAUGCAGCUUCUGAAUUCGGAGAAGGAAAAAUCGGAGCUCGACAUGCUCAUCGACUUGGCGCGUAACGACGUCAGCCGGGUGUGCGAGCCCGGCGUCAGCGUCUCCGACUACCGCUUCGUGGAGAAAUACUCGCGCGUGAUGCACACGGUGGCGCAGGUGGAGGGCGAAUUGUCCGCCGGUCUGUCGGCCUUCGACGCCUUCAUCGCCUGCCUCAACGCCGGCACCCUGACCGGGGCGCCCAAGGCGGCGGCCAUGGCGUACAUCGAGAACCACGAGCACAGCCGCCGCGGCUACUACGGCGGUAACGUGGGUUACCUGACGUUCUCGGGACAGCUCGACACCGGCAUCAUCAUUCGCACGGCGCACCUGGUGCAGCGGCAAGUGCGCGUGCGGGUCGGCUCGACGCUGCUGUUCGAUUCGGAACCGUCCGCCGAGUACGCGGAAACCGAGGCUAAGGCAAGGGCAUUAUUGGAAGCGCUGGACGGCAUCGAGUAA